AACAAUAAUGAUAAACAAUUUUUAUGUCGUAUUAAUCUUGUGCAAUAUUGCAAAUAUAUAGUGAUAGAAUAGAAACGGUUUAUUAUAUUCCAAACAAAUUUGCGAAGCUUACUAAAAUCAAUCUAAAAAUGUUAAAAGUUGGAGUAAGGGUUGUUAGAGGCCCCAACUGGUCAUGGGGAAAUGAAGAUGGUGGUGAAGGUUUUGCAGGUAUUUUGCGAGAAAUCAAUUUAACAAAUAAAACUGCUGUAGUGCAAUGGGACAACGGAAAUCAAAUGCAAUGUAGAGUCGGUUGUUUAGACAAAUAUGAUAUUCGUCUUCUUGAUAAUGCACAGAUAGGUAUUAAUCACAAAAGCGUGAUAUGUGAUGAAUGUAAUUCUGGUCAUAUACAUGGAAUGAGAUAUAAAUGUAUGAAUUGCUAUGAUUUUGAUUUAUGCUCCUUAUGUUAUCAUGGAGAUAAGCAUGACUUGAGUCAUAGCUUUAAGAGAAUUGAAUUACCAGAUUCCAGAGGAAUCAAUUUGCCACCUCGUUUGAGUUUUAGAAAAUGUGAAUUAAGAGGAAUAUUUAAAGGCGCAGAAGUAGUUCGUGGGGUUGAUUGGGAAUGGAGGAACCAGGAUGGAGGGCAGGGUAAACUUGGUAUAGUUUUGGAUAUAAGGGGAUGGAAACACAAAAGUGACAGAUCAACUGCUUAUGUGCAAUGGCUUCAUGGAAAUACAGAAUUGUAUAGGUUAGGCCAUAAAGGACUUUGCGAUGUACAAUUUGUAGAGGCUUCCUCGGGAGGAUUCUAUUAUCCAGAACACCUUCCGGUUUUGGGUCAGACCGAAGAAAAAAUGGAAUGGGAACAAAUAUUAGACUUCAUAGAAAUUGAACAGGUUCUGCAACUAGAAAGUAAGGCUGGAAAGGCAGUAGUAGUGAAAGACGAUGAAAGUGAAAAUUGGGAAAGAGAGAAGCAUUCAACUUUAGUUCAGCUUGGAUCGAUUGAAUCGGUUUAUGCUUCCAAGAUAAUAGAACAUAACAGUGCCCUUAGUAGGGGAACGACAAAACUAGACCUGAUUAAUGAAUUUUCUAAUACUGUUUGUGGAUUCAGAAAUGACGAAGUUAAAGAAAUAUGGGAAAUGACAAAGCGUAUGGCACAAUUACCAGAGAUACCGUUGUCCAAAGACGUACUUAAAACUAGAUACACAAAAAAAUUUAUUGAAGAUUUGGUUGAAAAUGGAAAAAAAUUUCUUGAAAAUAGUUUCAAGAACUACAUGACGAAUGAGAUAAAUAAAAGUAUUUCACAAGAUUCUCGCAUUGACAUUUCAAAGGUCUACGUGCUCGUACACACCUUUGUUGGCUUGCGCUUCCAAGGUGAAUACAUGGGACUCCAAGACGGAAUGAUAGACGACCGUCCACUGUGGCCAAUGGUGUACUACUGUAUUCGUGUGGGAGAUUUAUCUACCGCUAUCUUUUGUCUUGAAUCCAGUCACUUGGCAUUUCAGGAAAUUAUUUCUAUCCUCAAAGCAAAAAUGAGCACCCCUAAUGAUCCGCUAAUAGGAGUAUUGGAGGAGAACGUAAGGUUUUCCUAUAGAAGUUCUGUUAGAAAUGAAACCGACCCCUUCAAAAGAACAGUUUGGUCACUUCUGGGAGGUUUUGAUGAAUUGUCUGAAGUUAUCAAAACAGCUGACGACUAUUUGUGGUUUAAAUUAAAUAUGAUUCACGUUGAUGUCUAUAAUCAGUACGCAGAUUUACAGUACAUGAUCUUGGAGGAGCAUGGAGAGCUACACUAUGAUGCAUUUAAUAAACCUCUUUUAUAUUUCAAACUGUUAAUUCUUACUGGACAAUUUGAGGCAGCCAUAGACUUUUUAUUCCGGACUGAAAAUUUUAAAGCAGAAGGUGUUCACAUUGCGAUAGCACUUCAUGAGAUAAACUUAUUAGCUCUAUCUCAAGAUAGUACCCUUCCACUUAUUUCCCUUGACUCAACGGACCCUAAACCCGCUCGUCACUUAAAUUUGACUCUUCCGAUAAAGAGUUACGUCAGCAAGUUUGAACAAUCCUCAUUGAAUGGGGCCCUGCACUAUUUCUUUUUAUUAAGAAAUUGUACCGACUCGGAAGAUAGAAAUUUGUUUGAAGUACUUGUUUCCGAUUUAGCAAUUAAUACCAAAGAAUACGAAAGGAUAUUUGGCAAGGUACAGGCCGGUGGCGUUAAAACCAAAGGACUGAUAGAUCAGUUCAAAAAUGUGGAUGUGAGAGUAGAGAUGGUUGCAGAAACAUUAAUCAAAAAGGAGCUGUAUGAAGAAGCCAUCGACUUGUACGAUGCUGUAAAUAAUAUGGAAGCAGCCCUAAGUCUUAUGUGCCUGAUGCUAUCAAAAGUAGCUCACUUAGAAAAUCAACCAAAUUCAAUCAGGAGCAGGAUUCAGCAGAAAGCUACUGUUUUAGAAGAACAGCUUCCCAAAGACGGCGAUAAAAUUAUUCCUACACAUCUAAUCACCUCCUUUAUUAAACUGAAAGGCCUUUUAAAAUUUUUUGACCUCUACCGUGCUAAACACUAUCCGGAUGCCUUAAAAGAAUUGAUUAACUUAGAAAUUCUGCCCCUGAGAUUUGAAGAGCUUAAUGAAAGAGUUAAGAACAUGAAAUACCUUAACGAAGAUUUUUAUAGAGUCGUACCAGAUGUUUUAUUGGCUACAAUGACAACUUUGUUAGCACAGUGUGACACUAUUAAGAAAACUAAGAAUAUUUUUCUGGAAUCUGUCGCUGACGAUCAUCUUCGAUGCAUUUGGGAACAAGCGAAUUGUAUUAUCAAUUUUGCCGAGAGAUUGCCACGUAAAAUAACUGGAUAUGUCACUAACAGACUGAUUCAGAUGGAGGUUUUAAUGCAUUCUUGAUUUAAGAAAUAUGUAUAGGGAACUCCUUGAAAGGGGUUACAUUUUAUUUAUAUGCAUUUUAUUUUAUGCCUAUGUAUGAUUUAUUUACUUAAAGUUAAGAUGUAAAAUUAUUAAGGUUUUGGACAUUUAUUUUAUCACCAAAAUGUUAACUUUAUGUCUGUAGAAUUUAAUAUUGUGAUGAGAAAGGCUGUAAUCUGGUGUAAGAAAAUAUUAAUUGAAAGAUAAUUCUAAAAAUUGACAUUACAAUAAAAAAGUAAUGGGUGCCA